AUGUUUACUUACGAGAAGUGGCAAUCCCAUAUAAUAAAGCAUCAGCAAAAGACAAUUAUAUACCUAUCAAACUUCUUUACUUAUUUCCCUACAACAACAACAACAACAACAACAACUACUACUACUACUACUACUACUACUACUACUACUACUACUACUACUACUACUACUACUACUACUACUACUACUACUACUACUACUACUACUACUACUACUACUACUACUACUACUACUACUACUACUACUACUACUACUACUACUACUACUACUACUACUACUACUACUACUACUACUACUACUACUACUACUACUACUACUACUACUACUACUACUACUACUACUACUACUACUACUACUACUACUACUACUACUACUACUACUACUACUACUACUACUACUACUACUACUACUACUACUACUACUACUACUACUACUACUACUACUACUACUACUACUACUACUACUACUACUACUACUACUACUACUACUACUACUACUACUACUACUACUACUACUACUACUACUACUACUACUACUACUACUACUACUACUACUACUACUACUACUACUACUACUACUACUACUACUACUACUACUACUACUACUACUACUACUACUACUACUACUACUACUACUACUACUACUACUACUACUACUACUACUACUACUACUACUACUACUACUACUACUACUACUACUACUACUACUACUACUACUACUACUACUACUACUACUACUACUACUACUACUACUACUACUACUACUACUACUACUACUACUACUACUACUACUACUACUACUACUACUACUACUACUACUACUACUACUACUACUACUACUACUACUACUACUACUACUACUACUACUACUACUACUACUACUACUACUACUACUACUACUACUACUACUACUACUACUACUACUACUACUACUACUACUACUACUACUACUACUACUACUACUACUACUACUACUACUACUACUACUACUACUACUACUACUACUACUACUACUACUACUACUACUACUACUACUACUACUACUACUACUACUACUACUACUACUACUACUACUACUACUACUACUACUACUACUACUACUACUACUACUACUACUACUACUACUACUACUACUACUACUACUACUACUACUACUACUACUACUACUACUACUACUACUACUACUACUACUACUACUACUACUACUACUACUACUACUACUACUACUACUACUACUACUACUACUACUACUACUACUACUACUACUACUACUACUACUACUACUACUACUACUACUACUACUACUACUACUACUACUACUACUACUACUACUACUACUACUACUACUACUACUACUACUACUACUACUACUACUACUCGCUGUUACUCCUAUAGUUUUCCGUAUCAAAUGUUCUGCCUUGAAAUUCGACGGACUAUAAAUUACUGA